UGAAUCUAGCGAAUCACGUCCCCCGUGCUCCAUCAAGGGCAAGAGGGCAUUUUCACUGCAAGAUAUCAUCAUUCUCAAUCCGGGUCUAUAUUCCACGACUCGGACACAGGGAGUGAUCAUGGUCACGGCUUCUCUUACUCGUCUUCUCCUUCUCCUGUUUCCCGUAUGCCUGACACAUUUGGUACUCAGACGUUCAGUAGUGAUGGGCCCUCGAUCAUGGAGGAAGAUGAUGAUGUGUCAUCGGGGCCUAAGAUGUCAUCCGAUUAUGCUCUGCGUGCAGUUUUCAUUUGGUUUACUACUCUUGCGGAGGCAAAAAUGAAUGUGUUCCUUCGUGAAACGCUGGAUGAUGAACCUGUAUUAUCGAACUUCAUGGGUCCCUCGCUGGAUCCCAAGGUUGAUGACCUGAUGGGCUCUUUGGGAAAGAUAGCUCAGAAACGGGGCGCUGGAGACACUGUCAUAAUGAAAAUGAUGGGAAUCCUCGAGAACCGACCACAUUCAAUCGGAGCAAUAUACUUUGCAAUCAAUGAUCUGCCUCGGGACCAGUGCUUCCUUCAGAUAAACGUCAUCUGUGCUGCUGUUUUACCAGGACCGAAAGAGCCUAACGUCCAGCAGAUCAAUCACUGCCUUGAACCAUCAACGAAGGAGAUGAUGCUCCUUCAAAACAGCAUCAAAAUGGACAUUAUCGACGAGGAUGAACCAGCUAACAUCUACGCAGACAAUCAGAUCCUUGAUUGUGACAUGCCAGCUGCCCACAAGUUGUUGGGAACAGCAGGCCACUCACAUGACAUGCACCCGUGUCUCUAUUGUGAUACCGACAUCACAAAAAUCAACACACGGGAAGGCUAUGACUACAGUAGUACCUUUUUCAUGCGGGAUUCACAGGCUAUUCUCGAUGAUCACGGAGUUCGCUGGAGCACACUUAACCUCAUCGCUGGCUGGUUUCCCUCAAAGAAGACCGCACUCGACUUCAUGCAUUGCAUAUUUCUGGGCAUCAUUGCUCAUCUAUUCAUGCGUGUUUUAUUUGGAGGUUAUAUGUUCUCCGGUGCUGGAGGCAGAAACUUGCCGAAGCAGCGCUUCGAGAACCUUAUCAACAGUGUUAAAUGGCCGAGUCAUAUCACACGUCUUCCCAAGAAUCUCGGUGAGAACCAAUCGCUAAAGAAAGCAGACGAGUGCAGAAGACUACUGACAAUCACACCCGUGCUACUAUGGUGGUCCUGGAAGGAUGAGAACGACGAUAUUCCGGACAUGGAGCCCCCUCAGCCACCCAAUACUCAAGCACUGGAAUUUUCACGCAACUGCCGGUGCAUCUAUGAUGCCGUGUUACUUCUAUGUGCAGCUGUCCGUCUUCUUGCAACUCGAUCAAUAUCGAUGUCCCAAGCACACAUUGGACAGUCUUUUUUGUCCCAGUACUGCCUUCGUUGCCUCGAGCUCAACAUCCAUCUCAUGAUCAAUCACCAUGCAUCAAUGCAUAUCGCGGACAUGAUCAAGGCUUACGGACCUGUGUAUUUAUGGUGGUUGUUCGCGUUCGAGCGCUUCAAUGGGAUGCUGGAACGUGUCAAUCACAAUGGACAUGAUGGUGGCCGAAUGGAGUUGACACUGAUGCGUCAUUGGGUUCAGACCCACUUAAUAUACAAGUAUACUCUCUCGCUUCCACCCGACACUCACGCGAUAGAACGAGAGACACUCAACGAGAUUCUCAAGACUGCUCAAGAUAAUGUCCGACUUCCACUUCACCAAGCAAAGUUCAUCAAUCUUCGAACAUUUGGACCUGAAGGUGUCCUUUAUCCACUGCUUAUAUCGUACUGCCGAGUUCUCUGGCCCGAUCUUAACAUCGUCGACGACUUCUCGCUUGACGAUGACACAGUCUUCUUUGCAUUGAAGGUUGCCCGUGCCCUCACAUAUAUCCGAAAGGAUGGUAUUAGAUCCCGUCUUCCCGCUGAGAUAACCACACUCCUUGCUGUUGGCAUUCAAGACAACGUACCUCAUGUUUGUGCCCUUGUCCGACGUCUCAAAUCCGAUGAAAAUAUUCCGCUGAUGCCCUGGGCACUUUAUGAAAGUACUCUUGGCAUCCAUACCUCAUAUGCGAACGACUACCACCCAUAUGAAAUAAUCCCAGUCUCCCGCAUCACAAGCCCACUCGCACUUAUUCCAGUACACUCUAACAUUGUCAAGAAACAUCUUUGGAUUUCGGUAUCAUUUGACCAUUCAGGAACGGAGCCCGAGGAUUUCUUUGAUGAUGACGACGAUUGA